CACGGCCACAGUCUGUCGUUGAUUUUAUUGAUGGUCAGCUUCGGGCGGCAGUUCCGUGUGAUCGUAUAAACAGAAGUUUAGUUCUCAAAAUGCAGUUGGUAGUUUAUUUGGCAGUACUUACGGCCGUGAUUACAAGUGUUGUUUGCUCGAAGCUUUGGGACGAACCAAAAAUAGAAUCCAAUCAAACUUUGUCCAGUAGUCGACAGGGCCGAGUGUUCCCAUUUUACUCACUCGGGCGAAUCGCUAAUACGGUGUGCGUUGGAACAUACGGCUUGUCUGGAACCUGUCAGAUCCGGGGUGAAUGUGCUGCUAAUGGAGGUAUUGCAUCCGGAAUCUGUAGUACGCUAACUACACAGGCUGUUUGCUGCGUUUUUGUGAGCACAUGUGGUGCUACGACGUCACAAAACAUAACCUACUUUCAAAAUAGUGGAUAUCCACUUCCAUAUAAUGGUGGCGGCAGUUGCUCAAUUACGGUUGUACCUCCUGAUGCCUCGAUCUGUCAGCUGAGAAUUGACUUCGACACAUUUUCGAUAGCGCAGCCGACCGGAGAGGGAGUUUGUUCGAUAGAUAACGUUCAGGUUUCUGGUGGCAGUUCCUCGGUGCCUAUAAUUUGCGGAGAUAACAAUGGUCAGCAUGCUUACGUUUGGUUUAGCGGGACGAAUCCCAUCACCAUAACUGUUUCAAUGACCGGGUCAACGUCAUUUAACCGUUUGUGGAAUAUGCAACUGAGCAUGAUCUCCUGCCAUAGUCGAUACCAAGCCCCAGCUGGCUGUUUGCAAUACUAUAUGGGUUUAACGGGAACAGUAUCCAGUUUCAACUAUGGAAUGGCGGCCAACCCAGCCCUGAACAAUCUGGGAAUGAUCGGAUCACGACAAUUGGUAAACUCCAACUACGGGAUCUGUAUUGGUGCAGGUGCCGGGCAGUGCACAAUCACAUACAAUCUGCCAUCAGGUAAUGUUUACGCUUUCACGUUGUCGGGCGAUGCUACCGCCGUGGCACCAACACUUUUAGGCACGGCCGCUGUAGGUGUUCAAGGUACAGGUUGUACCACAGACUACCUCAUCAUUCCAAACCCGGUUGGUAUUGCGAGCGACCGCUUCUGUGGACUGGGCAUUGGUACUACAACGAGUAAUGCGAUGCCGUUUGUGCUUUACUACAUUACAGGCAGCAAUUCCGAUGGCGACGUAGCAAAUCGUGGCUUCCAACUGCAGUAUACUCAAGGAGCAUGCGCCGUUCCAAUAGGAUAA